AGCCCCCGGAUGGCCCGUCAGGAGCGUCAUUUUUUUGUUUGCAUGUAUGCCUCCAGUUGAGUGGUCUCCGGCAUUUCUGUUUUUAUUCAUAUUGUAAAACCUUAAUGUUACUUAUUUUUAUCCCCAACCCUUUGCAGGUAAUGCAACAUUUAAAUGUAAAUCUAUUAUGAUCGUUCAAGGGACCAAUACAAAGGAGCAGCCUGUGGAUGUAUUCCAAAUUAUGGAAGGUGCUGCUUCAAGUGGUUGGGAAUAAGAACACCGCUCUCUGGGCUCGUACCGAGAAAGAGAAAAGUUAGUGUUCCGGGUCUUCCAUUCUGCUGCCAUGUCUCAGAGUAUGCUGACAGGAAUGGAGAAUUCAGCUGUGACUGUGCUGAAGAGGGCUAUAGAGUUAGACAAUGACUCACGUUUACAGGAUUCACUUGUUUGUUAUCAAGAAGGAAUCGCUCUUCUUUUGCAAGUGUUGAAAGCUACAAAAGAUGACACAAAAAAAGUCCACUACCGACAGAAGAUUACAAACUACAUGGAUCGGGCAGAACAAAUUAAAAAACACCUGGAUAAGCUGAAAGAAGAAGGGAAACAUCAUGAACAGAUCAAAAUUCCAGAAGAUGCAACUGGGUUUAGUUAUGAAAAACUGUUCAAACCAUAUUUGGACCAGUUUGUUACUGAAGUAUGGGUGGAAGACCCAUAUAUCAGGCAUGUUCAUCAGCUAUACAACUUCUUGAGAUUUUGUGAGAUGCUUCUAAAAGGACCUUGCAAAGUGAAAACUAUCCAUCUACUGACUUCUCUUGAUAAUAGUGGCGGUAAUUCACAGCAGAGCAGUGGCCUUGAAGAGAUAAAGCAGUCAUUGCAAAGUUAUGGGGUAACCCUAAAAGUGACCCACUCUUCUUCAAUACAUGACCGAGAAAUCAGAUUCAACAAUGGGUGGAUGAUCAAGAUUGGAAGAGGACUAGAUUACUUUAAGAAAACACAGUUUCACAUUCCAAGUAUGACUGGAAAGCUCCACUUCCUAGCAAACAUCAAGAUCCAAAGCUUUGAACAAGACAAUGUAGGCAAAUCAGGGCCGAUUUUCUAUUGGUUACUGUGACUUCGACUUGAGACAAUGCCAUGAAACUACAGUGGACGUUUUCCAUAUCAAGCAUACAAAGAAUUCAUAAUUCACAGAUCUUGCUAUACUGGGUACUUUAUUACCUUGUUAUGCAAUAUAUGAAACUGAUACAUCAUAGAUCUUUAAUUUUUUUGUAAUAUUGAAGUUAAUAUUAUUUGAAUACCCAACACUAAACUUGGGUUUUUUUAACCAAAAAAACCCAAGCUAUUUGUGUUUAACUUGGAAUGCUGAAUGUAUCUACAAUUUUAUAAGAUUUUGAAUGUUUAUUAUAUAGUAUGACUUUGAUAAAAGCUGGCAGUUCACUCACUGACCAUGUAGCUCCAUGCCAAUUCCUGUGUAUGGCUGCUGUAAACUGAAGAACUUAUAUAUUCAUCAAUAUGUAGGAACUAAUAUUUUAAAAACACUAGUUUUAAUGAGGGAGAGGGUGGAUUACAAUGGCCUUGAAAACAGAAUACCGCUGUCCUCCCAACAGACUAAAUUCCAUUUUAAAUGUAUAUUCUAGUCUCAACUUUACACAAAUCAUAACAAAAAUAUCAGGAGCAAACUCUGCAACAUUUUGAGUCAUACCCAGUACAAAAGAAGGUCACUGCGGGAGUUCCUCAGACUCAACUAUUUUCCUUCAAUGGCCUCCCCUCCAUCAGGUGGUCAGAAAUGGGGAUGUUCAUUGACAAUUCCAUUCUCAACUCUUCAGAUAAUUAAACAGUCUUUGCCCACAUCCAUGGUAACGCCUUGAUAAGAGUCAACUUUGCCAACCAAUUAGCACCCUUCUCUCAUACAGUAUAAAUUGUGAUCAUUUGAAAUUUUGCAUUUUUCUGCCUGUCCUGAUGAGUGCAAGAUUAAAAGCUUUGACAGCGUGCCUUUUUUCCUGCAAUACCCAAGUUCUGUACCACCAAGCAACUAAAUGAUCAGAAAUUUAACCAAACCACUCACAAAAACAGUGUAAAAAACUCACCUCCUGACUCCCCAUAGCCUUUCCACUAACUACAAGGCACAAGUCAGGAGUGAUGGAAUACUCUUCGUUUGCCUCAACGACUGCCAUUUCAUCAACACUCAAGAAGCUCAACCCCAUCCAGGACAAAGCACAUUGGCACCCCAUUCACCCCUAAACAUUGUCUGUACCACUGGGAAACCAUGGCUGCAAUAUGUACCAUCAAUAGAUGCAAUGUAGUAACUUGCCAAAGCUUCUUCAACAGCAUCUUCCAAACCUGCAAAUCCAACCCAUAGAAGGACAAGAGCAGCAGGUGCAUGGGAACACCACCAUCUGCAAUUUUGCUUCCAGGUCACACAUCAUCCUGACUUGGAAAUACAUCAUUCUCCAUUCAUCAUCGCCAGCUCAAAAUCUGAAAAUUCUUUAUUUAGCAACAGUGUGGGAGUGUCUACAUCACAAGGAGAGCAGUAGUUAAAAAAGGCCAUGGACUGCAGUGGUUCAAAGAGACUUCACAUCACUUUCUUGGGAGUAAUUAAGGAUGGACAAUAAAUGCUGAUCUUGCCAGCAAUUCACACAUCUCAUGAAUGAAAAAGAAAAUUAAAUACAUAUAUAUUUGGUUCAUAUUUCUGUAUACAGUAAUUUAGCAAAGAUGAUAAUGACCAUAUAAAAUUCAAUUUUAAGAAAA